AGGCAGGGCCAACCCAGGUAAGCUCAGGUGCAUGCAGUGCAUUGAGUGACCAGAAGGGAUGGAGCCAGGAACCACCCCUUCCCAGACCUCAUUUAAGGGUUGACAGUGGACAGGAGGGCAUUUUGCUGGAGGUUCCUAUUUAUAUGAUCCCUUCUAAAAGGAAAUGAGAUGCACACUGGGAUGUUCCUGCUCCUACUGCCUGGUUUAUAGGAAAGAAAUACCUUGAGAAAACAUAUGUGAGCUGGCUGGAGAGAGAAUGUUUGGGAAACAGAAACACUGACUUUCAGGAAGAGAGUAAAAUAGAAUUAUGUGAACAAAAAAAGACCUUCUAAAAAUCAGAAUAGCUUCAACAUUGCUCACUCUGCUGAUGGAUUCAUUAUUACAGAGAGAUUGUGAACAGGACAAUGGGACUUUUAUUUCUUCCCUCGGGAGUGAGGCAAGAAAGUGGCUGCUUAAAUCGCUAUUGACAUUCAGCAUGUGAAUUCCAGUUUUGAUUUUAUGAAUGGCCUCUAUCAUCACAUCUUGUGCGGACCGUCUCAUGCUCAUUGUGCUGUGGGGUUAGACACACUGUCACCAUCCCUAUAAAUAGCUGCAUUGGUUGCGAAGGGCUAUCAGAGCCUCCUCUGAAAGAAUAGGUCUUUUGACCAGUGGCAUUUUAGGCCACUUUUCUUCAAACUUUCUAGACAAGAUAGCAUGUUUUCCACUCUGUGGAACCUAGAAAAUGGACAGUAACCAAAGUAUUGAUCUGUGAAAUUCAGGCACCCAGUGAGUGUGAAGAGCACAGGGGAAAACCAAAGUUAGGAGCAAUAGGACAGAGCAUGCUCUCCAGAAGAAGUCUCAGCUGCGGGGCUUGCAAGGAGUAACAAACUGCUAUGCACAGAAAGAGAAGCUCCUUGUGAUCCAUCUGGAAUCUGAGCUGCUGUGCACAACUGCUGCAGUGUUGGACAGGUCUGCUCUGCACCCAAAAAUGCUCAAGUGUACCAGGGGAUGGGCGAAUGGUAUACAUCAUGUAGAAAAAUGGAAUCAAGAUGGGAAGCAUCUGUAGAAGUAAUAACAAACAUUUCAAAUUUGAAAAUUAAAUCCAAAGAGCAAGGUAGGCUCAGAGUGGGAUGAAGUCCAUAACCCAUCCUGAAAUGAUGCAAGAAGCAGCAAAUUAAAUUCUGCCUUUACAAGCUUCCCUCCACACCAGGGAAUCUGAAAAAAUGGGAUUUUUACAUCUCUCCAGCCAGCACUGAAAACGAAUGGGGAUUGAAUUGCUUUGCCUCUUUUUCCUAUUUCUGCAAAGAAAUAAUUAUGUGCAAGGGAUCUGUUCUCAGGAAAGUGGAGUGACUUGUGAAGAUUGUUUGCUUUCCGGACCGCACUGUGCUUGGUGCUUCCAAGAGAAUUACACAGACUCAGCUGGAAUUCAUGGGAGGUGUGAUACCCCAGAAAACCUUUUGUCAAAAGGAUGCCAGUUGAAUUUGAUUGAAUUUCCCAUUUCAGAAGUGGAAAUUCACAGAAACAAACCUCUAACUAUAGCAACCCAGAAGGACAAUUAUGAUGUCACACAGAUUUCUCCCCAGAAAUUAACACUCAGGCUGCGACCAGGACAUGAAGAAACAAUCCAGAUCAAGGUUCGGCAAAGUGAAGAUUAUCCAAUUGACCUCUAUUACCUCAUGGAUCUUUCAGCUUCCAUGGAUGAUGACCUGAAUACAAUAAAAGAAUUAGGCUCAACUCUUUCCAAAGAAAUGUCAAAACUGACAAGCAACUUCAGACUGGGUUUUGGAUCUUUUGUUGAAAAACCAGUUUCACCAUUUAUCAAAACUACAUCUGAAGAAAUAAACAACCCUUGCAGAAGUGUGCCAUAUGAGUGCUUGCCCACCUUUGGAUACAAGCAUGUUUUGUCACUGACAAAUGAUGCUGAAAGAUUCAAUGAAAUUGUAAAAGGACAGCGAAUCUCUGCUAACAUAGAUACUCCAGAGGGAGGAUUUGAUGCAAUUAUGCAGGCAGCUGUUUGCAAGGAAAAGAUCGGAUGGAGGAAUGACUCUCUGCAUUUGCUGGUGUUUGUGAGUGAUGCUGAUUCCCAUUUUGGGAUGGACAGCAAGCUAGCAGGAAUUGUUAUUCCUAAUGAUGGGAACUGUCAUUUGGACCACAAUAAUGAAUAUUCCAUGUCAACUAUUCUGGAGUACCCCACAAUUGGACAAUUAAUUGACAAACUUGUGCAAAACAAUGUUUUGGUAAUUUUUGCUGUCACGAAUGAACAAGUUCACACAUACGAGAACUAUGCAAAGCUUAUUCCUGGAGCUACUGUUGGACGACUGCAGGAGGAUUCCGGAAAUAUUCUCCAGCUGAUCAUUGCUGCGUAUCAGGAGCUGAGGUCCGAAGUAGAGCUGGAGGUCUUGGGGGACACAGAAGGACUCGAUCUCUCUUUCACUGCCGUCUGUAACAAUGGGACCUUUUUUCCACAUCAGAGGAAAUGCUCUCACGUGAAAGUGGGAGACACAGUCUCUUUCAAUGUGACUAUAAGUCUGCCCACUUGUGAUAAAACCACCAGGUAUGUUGUGAUAAAACCAGUGGGUCUCAGUGACAUGCUGGAAAUGGAAAUCCUCCCUCAGUGCAGCUGCAGCUGCCAGGCCAAGGCUGAGAGGAACAGCUCGAAAUGCAACAAGGGGAAAGGCACUUUUGAGUGCGGAGUGUGCGUCUGCCACCCCGGGUACAUGGGUCCACACUGCGAGUGUGAUGAGAAUGCUCUCAGCACUGGAUCCUGCAAGGGCUCUGUGGAGCAGAGCUCCUGCAGCGGGAGAGGCAGCUGCUAUUGCGGGCAGUGUGUUUGCCACCCAUCCAUGUAUGGAAGAGUUUACGGAGCGCAUUGUGAGUGUGAUGACUUCUCGUGUGUGAGACACAGAGGGCUUCAGUGUGGAGGCAAUGGAGACUGUGACUGUGGCGAAUGCGUGUGCCACAGUGGGUGGACUGGUGAAUACUGUAAUUGCACAACUGACACCAGCUCCUGCAUUUCUGAGGAUGGAAUGCUGUGCAGCGGGAGAGGUGAAUGCAUCUGCGGGUCGUGUGUGUGCAUUCAUCCAGGGGCCUCAGGCCAAACAUGUGAAAAAUGCCCACUGUGUGGUGAUCCUUGCAGUUCCAGAAGGAGCUGUGUGGAAUGUCAUUUGGCUUCUGAUGACAAGCUGCAGGGAGAAUGCAAUGAAAAAUGCAAAUCAGUUGAUGCAACUGUCAGCACUGCAGAGGAUCUUUCCGAGGAUAAAUCCAUUCCUUGCUCUUUGCAGGGGGAAAAUGAAUGUAUAACCACUUUUCUUCUGGCUGAGGAUGAGCAGGGCAAGACAGUCAUACACAGCAUAAAGCAAAAAGAUUGCCCAGAGCUUCCAAAUAUCCCAAUGAUAAUGGUGGGCGUCACCCUUGCUAUCCUUCUGAUUGGCAUUGUGCUACUUUGUAUAUGGAAAUUGAUGGUUUCAGUUCAAGAUCGAAAAGAAGUGGCCAAGUUUGAAGCAGAAAAAUCAAAAGUUAAAUGGCAAACGGAAACAAACCCACUGUACAAAGGUUCAACAAGCACUUUCAAAAAUGUAACUUACAAGAACCAAGAAAAGCAAAAAGGGGCCAUGGCUGCAGAUUUCUAUUAGCACUUUGAACCCUACAAACUUAGUUUUACUGUCGAGAAAUCUAAAAACACUAAUUUUUGUCUCUUCUCAGUUGAUUAUGUGCAAUCUUUGUUUGCACACUGCAGUGUAAUCAUUCUGUUAGAUAAAAUGUAUCUUGUGGUGGGAGAGCUAUAGAUAAUAAUAGUAGUAAAGGUUAAAGAAAUAUAUUUUUUACAAACUUUAUUAUUAAACAACUUCCAUCUCAGAAAAAA